CAUGAAAAACUUUCGUGUAGGAUCUUGGAUUUUUUUAUCAAUUUACACUAUAUCUAUUCUUUGUUUACAAGUUUCACCUCAAAAUAUUCCUGGAAACGUUACAUUUGGUGUAAUAAUCAGCGAAUCAACUGAUAAAGAUGAUGCAAUUAAAGCUGUCGACAUGGCUAUUGAAUACAUCAACACUAAUAGUAAGAUUUUACCUAACACAACUGUUAACUACUUGAUCAACAUUACAAACGUAUUACAUAGUUUUCAAAGUUUACAAGCAGCUUGUUGGCAAGCAACUCAUGGAAUUGUUGCAUUUAUUGGAUCGUUGAGUAGUGGAACAACGAAAACAAUAUCAAGCAUUAGCAAUGGUCUACAUAUUCCACAAAUUACUCCCACAGCUACCGAUCCAGAGUUAUCAUUCACGGAUACGUAUCAAUAUCUCUUAAAAAUGAGCGCUCCGGACGACGUACAAUCUCUUGUGUUAGGUGAUACAAUGGCGCAUUACGGAUGGUCUAGAUUUGGAAUAAUAGCAUCAUCAUCUGAUUACGGUAGGAGUGGAGUAAGAGAAUUAUUAAAAAUUGCAACAAUUAGACAGUGGACGGUCAAUUCUAUUCAUUAUUUCACUCCCAGCUCUGAUUUGACGUCAAUUGACCUCACACAGAGUUUGAUAAAGUUAAAGAGGAGUGGAACUAGAAUUGUCGUCUUGAACUGUCUCUCUACCCACGCCAGGAUUAUUCUGUCACAGGCAAGCGAGCUAGGUCUACUCAAUAAAGAUUGGGCUUGGUUAGCGACAGAUGGCGUCACUGUAGUGGGGGAGUUAUUUGAUUCGUGCCUAGAUGUACCUGAGCAUCUUGUUGGAUUAGUAGGUGUCAGACCACUAUACGGAAGCGGUAAUCUCCAAGAAUACUUUCAAACAAAAUGGGCCAAUUAUUCAAAAACAACACAGAAAGCGACGGAAAUGAGAUUAUUUGAUUCCAUUUUAGCAGCAUCUAUUGGUCUGCACAAUUUGUUAGCGGAUAACAAUAAUUUUACAAUUAUGAAUCCAGUUAAGGACAUUUGUCAGCGAACGUCUGAAUAUUAUUGGUCAGACGGAAAUUCAUAUCUAAAUUACAUUAAACAAAUCCAAUCCGAAGGAACUAUGAAUAAAUUAUCUUUCGAUAAUUUUAAUAAUCCUCCAGAACCUGUUUAUGAGAUAGUUAAUCUAUUAGAAAAAGGUUGGGAAAGAGUAGGUACCUGGGGCAAAGGUAGAGAUGAAGGUUACAAGCUUAUAAUGGAAAGAUCUCCCCAGUUCUUUAAAAAAAAUCGUAAAGCGCCAAGUGAUGCUGUCAUCAAUUUGAACAACGUUACAUUAAAUAUAACAACAAUAUUGGAAAGUCCUUUUGUCAUGAGAAAGACAAAGGAUGAGAUGAUGUUUUCCAAGAAUAAAAAUCAGAGGUUGAAGGGAUUUUGCAUAGAUAUGCUGGAGAAAUUGAGUGAAAAUCUGAAAUUUAAAUACGAAAUUCAAAUUGUUAAGGAUGGUAGUUAUGGUACACUUGAUCCUCAAACAAAAAAAUGGAACGGCUUGAUCGGCGAAGUGAUGAGUGAGGAAAUUGAUAUGGCUGUUGCUCCCCUGACUAUAAAUUAUGAGAGACAACAGGUUGUUGGUUUUACAAAACCAUACAUGGACCUAGGGCUUAAAUUACUAUUGUCCAAGGAAGUAGAGAAAGUGAAUAUAUACGGAUACUUGGAGCCCUUUGAAAAGGGAUUAUGGGCAGCCGUAGUAGGCACUUUUAUUAUUUGUUCUGUGAUAACUUGCAUCUGCAGUCGACUUAGUCCCUAUAGCUUGGGAUAUUAUGCUCAAUUGGAUAACGAAACGGAACAUGAGAACCUUACUUUAUGUAAUAGUCUCUGGGCGACUUAUGGGUGUUGGAUGCAACAAGGGACUGAAACUUAUCCGAAAUGCUUAUCUGCCAGAAUCGUGUUUGGUACUUGGUGGUUUGCAGUAAUGGUUAUCUCUGCUUCGUAUACGGCUAAUUUGGCCGCCUUUUUGACGGUAAAGCGAUUGGAUACUGGAAUUCAAUCGGUUAACGACUUAGCCAAACAAAGAGAUAUUGAAUACGGAACUGUGAAAAAUUCCGCCCCUCAGAGAUUCUUCGCUCAACAGCUGGUAGAUCCUUAUAAAACUAUGUUCGCAAUUAUGAACGCCGACGGAACAUACGUUGAUACAGCGGAAGCUGGCAUUCGAAAAGUUCAAGAGUCCUACGGGAAACCCAAAAAUGAACGUUACGCAUUUGUAUGGGAUUCGGCCCCUUUGGAAUACGCUUCAAACAUCAAGCCUUGUAAUACCUUAAUUAUCGGAAACGAUUUUAAUAAAUUUGGCUACGGAUUGGCUUUGAAGGUUUCGACUCAUAAAAGUGACUUCGUAGAAUGCAUAAUACCGUAUAAUUUGAGAAUGAAUCCGAUGGGGGGGUUUAAAAGGGGUAUAGAAAGGGAACAGGGUAGAAUUGAUUGCCUUCACUCUAGGUGGCUAAUUAACGAUUCGUCUUUUAACAUUGAAAAUAGAAGCGGGUGUUGAAUCCCUUCAAACGAUCUUUCAAAGCCAAUCCGUAGCGUAACAGUCCCUACUUAACGCCGUUCACAUUGGAAAUUUUAAUGCUCCGACAAAGCGGGUAUUUAGAAACGCUUCACAGGAAAUGGUUUGCUGGACCCUGCUCAGCUACGCAAUCUAGCUCUUCUAAAACGGCAGCCCGAUCGCAAACUUUAGAAAGUCUGUUGGGAGUGUUCUACUUCAUAGCCGUUGGGAUAGGCUUGGCAGUUCUCAUACUGUUGCUAGAAUUUAUCGUAGCCGCAUUUCGGGAUGUUCAAAAGACCAAGAGUACAUUCGUAAAAGCAUUCAAGAACAGGGUAAUCGUAGCACUUCUCCUCAUUCUAUCCAGAAAGCGGAAAAAAGCGAAAAAACGGGACAACGCAAAAGAUAUUGAAGAGAAGCCUGAAAGCUCAAGAGUAGACAAUUUAAAUUCGAGUAUUUACUGCACGUCAGGUCACGUUGCUAACCUCUCUUCUUAUGAAAAUAACAAAAGGAAUCACUAAGAAUGAAACUGAAAAUUCUGUUCAUAUUCGUCAUUCUACUCCUAAUAACCUUUAACGUACAUACAGUCAAAAAAAUUGAAAUUUUAACAUGAACCUUAACCCAUUAAUUCAAUUUUUGAGUAGUAUUAAUAUAUCUAUUUUUAUAUGAAUAAAUCAGGUCUAGAAAUUCCUUUUCAACACUCAA